UCGUAAUCAAUUUUAUCUUCCUUUUGGCUUUCGGCCGCUUCUUUUGAACCUGACCUGACAUUCUCGGCAAUAUUCCCUGCCUUUUUCGGCACAUUCUAUUCCGAUCGGUUAUUCCAUUCUCACAGCAUCGCCAUCAUCAAACUGUCCAAGGAGCUGAGACUAAUUCAUUGUUUUGAGAUUCGCAGAACCGACAAAUAUGACUUUAAAUAAGGCUCGAAUUCUCUAGUGGAGAACCCUAGAGGAAAAAAGCCCCAAGCAUCUGUUAAAAUGGGUACACCGAUGCUACCCCAACCUCAACCUCCAUCUUCCUCUUCAAACAAUCUCAACAUGGCUUCUUACAACAAUAAUCCUUACCUCGCCAUUUCACCAAUUGCAGCAUCUGGCAGGACACCAAUGGGUAGGAUAUGUGAUGCCUUGAACCGGUGCGGGAAGAAGGUUGAAGAUGCUACAAGAAAAGCUGAAGCCCUUGCUGACAACGUUUGGAACCACCUCAGGGUUAGUCCCAGUCUUGCUGAUGCUGCAGUGGCAAGGCUUGCUCAAGGGACAAAGCUGCUCACAGAAGGAGGGCAUGAUAGGUUGUUCCAACAGACAUUUCAGAUCUUGCCAGGAGAAAAGCUCUUACAUGCAUAUGUUUGCUAUCUAUCGACUACUUCUGGACCAGUGAUCGGGACUCUUUACAUAUCCACUGAAAGAAUAGCCUUUUGUAGUGAUUAUCCUCUCUGUUAUCAUGCUUCUCCUGGGUACCAGCAGUGGAUGUAUUAUAAGGUGGUGUUGGAGCUUGAUAAGUUAGCAACAGUCAAUCCUUCUACAAACAGAUUGAUCCCUUCUGAGAAAUAUAUUCAUAUUGUCACCAGGGAUGGUUACGAAUUUUGGUUCAUGGGGUUUAUCUCGUAUGACAAGGCACUAAAGUCCUUAACCGAAGCUUUACAGCGCAAUCGACAUGCCUCACUGCUAUUCUAAGAAAAUCACUCAGGCCUUUAUCUUAAAAGUGUGGAGAAAUGGCUUGUGUGGCCGUUGUACAUCACUGAAAUGAUAUAGACUGAUCAGAUAAAGAGUAAUGGAGUGUAAUAAAUCUCUCUUAUCAGCUUGAAGCAGUUUGUCUUUGUUCAUUAAAUGUGCUGAAAAAGCGGGAGUGAGAUGGGCAUAUUAAUGAAUUAUGGGCGUAGAAGUAUUAUUCUGCAUCCUUCUCUCCUUCCUCUACCUUUAGGAUUAAGGCCUGCCGUGGAAAAACCUGUUUUGUAUCAAAUUGAAGUAAGGAUAUGACUUUUUGUUCA